AUGGAUGCAAAUGAGAAUUCAGCCACUGUAGUCUCUAUUGUCAUUUAUCUUUAGGAAAAGGCAAAACUUCUAAGAAGUCAGCCUGUUCAAGUUGUGGAACCCAAAGGUCUUCUGUAUGUCCAGCAGAGAGAAUUUGCAGUGACUACCCCUAAAGAUGGUUCUGUUUCCAUUCUUGGAUCAGAUGAUGCAACUACCUGCCACAUAGUUGUGCUUCGACACACAGGUAGUGGAGCUACCUGCCUGACACACUGCGAUGGAUCGGACACAGAAGCUGAGGUGUCACUCAUCAUGAGUUCAGUAAAAUCUUUCUCUAACACCACAGGAUAUGGAAGGCUGGAAGUGCACCUAGUUGGAGGUUUCAAUGAUGAUAGGCAGUUAUCACAAAAACUUACUAAUCAGCUUCUUAGAGCGUUCGAUCUCCAACCAGAUGAUGUUCAUUUAGUGACUUUCUGCGUGACAGAACUAAAUGACAGAGAAGAAAAGGAUAUUCACUUUCCAGUAAUUUAUGGAAUAGCUGUCAAUGUUAAAACAGCAGAGAUUUUCCCUGCAACCUUCCCAGAAAAAGGGCCAGAUGAGGAUUUGCGUUCAGCCCAUGUUUUAACAGGAGCAACACUGACAAACAUUUAUGAUGCAAAGAUGGAACAACUACAUAUUGGGCCUUAUUUCUGGAGGCCAUUCCCCCAUGUGGAUUUCUGGUUGGAACAAGAUGAUAAACAGAUUUUACAGGUACCUGAAACAGACUUUUUCUUUAAACUUCUAGCUAAGUGGGGAGAGGGGGAGGGUCUGUCAAAACUCUUCCCACUGUACUGCUGGGGAGGGGGAAAACAAUCUCUGACUAAAGGGCAGCAUAAUUGA